AACCGUCCCGUCAUACCUCGCGUGGCCAACGGCUCUCCGUUGAACGCUCGCUCAUUGAAUUACCCUACUGUGUUGGUUUAGAUCAAUUCAGUAAAAUAAUUUGGAGUAAACCCGGUCGGACCCGUUCAUCAAGCUCUUGCUCGCUGCAACACAUUUCUCUGGCUUUUUGUUUAUCUGACUGCGGCGGUAGAGCGUGCUUUCCUGGGCUCGCUGGCUAGGUUUGGUCGGGGAGGCAGGGGGAAGUACGGAGCUGGUCCCGCGAUGAUGGAGCUGGAGUCGGCCAGAGGCGAGCUGGGAGCAGUGGCAGACUCGAUGCAGCCACAAACGCCGAGUAGGCACGAAAAGAGCCUGGGGCUGCUCACAACCAAGUUUGUGACAUUGCUACAGGAGGCGAAGGACGGAGUUCUGGAUCUGAAAGCUGCUGCAGACACCUUGGCAGUGCGGCAGAAACGACGUAUCUACGAUAUCACUAAUGUACUGGAGGGAAUUGGAUUGAUAGAGAAGAAGUCGAAAAACAGUAUUCAGUGGAAGGGUGUAGGUCCAGGUUGUAACACCAGAGAGAUAGCUGAUAAGCUUAUUGAUCUCAAGGCUGAACUAGAUGACCUGGCUGUCAGGGAACAUGAGCUGGACCAGCAGAGAGUCUGGGUGCAGCAGAGCAUCAAAAACGUCACAGAUGACUCCAACAACAGCCCUAUGGCUUAUGUAAAACAUGAAGACCUCUGUGGUGCUUUCAAAGGCGACACACUCCUAGCAAUUCGUGCUCCCAAUGGCACACAACUGGAGGUGCCCAUGCCAGAAUCUGUUCUUAAUGGCCAGAAGAAGUAUCAGAUCCGACUGAAGAGUUCAACUGGUCCCAUUGAGGUUUUGCUGGUCAAUAAGGAUCCAUCCAGUGCCUCUCCGGUUGUUUUGGCAGUUCCUCCCCCAGAUGACGUCCUUCACAACCUGCCAGCACCAACGCUGACCUCCCAGCUGCCUUCAUCUGCUUCCCAGGGUACCAAAGCAGCUCCAGCCACUUCUACAAAACCUGCUCCUGCAACACCAUCCGUUUCCUCAGUCAACCACACAGCCUCAGUGACAGAAGUAACAAGCACAACGUCACUUACCCCAACAACAGAUACACCUGUCGCAGUCACUCAGCAGCUUCAGUCCUCAGCCUCCUUGGAUGGAUCUGUGUCCACAUCUGCCUCGGCAGUAUUUGAACCAAUUAAGUCCGAUCCCUCCGAAUUGCUGGACUUUCCCAAAGAGCUCUCUGAAAUGUUUGAUCCAACAAAAGAGAUCAUGGGUGAAGACCUUCUGGAAGACUUGAUUUCUUCAGAAGUGUUCUCGCCUCUCCUUCGCCUGUCCCCACCACCCAGCGACCAUGACUACAUAUACAACCUGGAUGAGACGGAAGGCUUGUGUGAUCUCUUUGACGUCCCCAUUCUCAACCUCUGACCUAAAACACGUUGCCAGAGUAGAAGUAUCGUAACUUACCUUCGUUUUCUCCAAGUUUGUCCACUCACUGGCAGUAAAAGGUGAGGUGUGUAAGAUAUCAGCCUGUAUGGUAUAAUGAGCGAUCAAGGACACAACUGCACUGGUAGCUCAAUAUACAGAUCGAUACAGAGAUCAAAACAUUUUACCUACUAAUUUUCCAAGGAAAGAGUUCAAACAGAUGUCAAAUAAUAAUAUUUUUGGAUUCUUGCAUUAUAAAUGAUUUGUGUAUCGGCUUUCCAGAGUGCUUGUGAGUGAACAUGUGAGUAUACUUGCUACACAGGUAUGCCUGUGUGUCUGUUUGUGUUUUGUAUGAAAUGCCUUUUUAACUUGAGUCCCGUGUAUGCAGAAAAAAAACCUGUCAGGUCAAGAUUUUUAGCAGAACAACAACAGACCGUACAGAUCUAAUUAGUUCAAACAGCUGGUCCAAUGUGCCCUGUCCUCCUGUACAUAGAGAAUAUAUAUUUCGAAGCAAACAUGCCUGUGUUAUUAUGUGCCACAACAGUAGGUUGUUAACAGGUAUCAGACUUAAAUAAUCAUAGCACAUCUAUGAACUGCCCUGUUUUAAAACAAUGACCUUUUUUUAUAUAUAUUAUUUUAUUUUAACCCUUUAAUGUCCCAUUAGCUACAAAGCUCAGCCACUUUGUGGUUUAACAAGCUAAGGACCAAAAAGUCAAAGAUUUUCAUUAGCACCUUUUUAAAAGUCACAGGUUGCUUCUUAAAAAGAAUGGUCUCUUUGAACCCAGCUAAUAUGAAAACUUUUAUUGGUUUUCUUCAGAUGGGUUGAAUUUUAAAACAUAAAUGGUGUCUGAAAUUUUGAUCUUUGCACAUUUUAAUUUCAGAUUUUUUAGAUUGGCUCUGAUUUAUAUAUAAUUUAUCUGGUGUUUGUCAUUGAAUAGCUUUUCUUCCUGCUCCCCAAAGUUAAGCCUGUGAUUAUUGUGUAUCUUUCAGCUAUAUGUGUAUAUGAAUAUCAUUGUAAUCAUUUCAUUUGUUUGUGAAAGGACAUAUGUAUUCACCAUGUCACAAGAUAUGCUACUGUUUUCCUUUUUUUGUAUAUUUGGCACAUAAAUAUUUGGUCAUUUUUUCUUUUUCCACUGCUCUUCUCAUGUAUCACUCUAAUUACUCUUUGUGCAGGGGACUGGGAGAGUAGCUAUUCAGGAUAGUAGUCACUACUGUUACUUUUGCAGUGCUCUCUUCUGUAACACCUCUCAAUAGUAGUGUCUUUUUUGACAUGCCCCGUCAUUGCCCUGGAUGACAUGUAUCUAUGUACAGUUUGUACUGUGUAUAUUCUUGUCUACCGCUUGUAUAGAAUAGCAUUUAUUUUUUUAUACUUGUUAGAUAUAUUCCAUGAUCAUGGCUACUAAUUUCCAACUACACUUUAAACUCCAAGUCCAUCUCAAACUGUUAUUUCUAUCAAAGCGUCCCAUCUCAUUAUUGCACUUUACAUCACUGCAGACAGAUUGGCUGCUUCUCAUCAACCCCUUGAUUAGCAGCCAGUGUUUGGACGGUGUUGUGAGCUGCCACAGGAUUCAGGCCAGGCUUGAAUUAAUCAUGCCCGUGUAAUAGCAGCUGAGACCCUUGAAGACUGUUUUUAACAGGCUUACUGUUACUCAGUUGUACUUAUUCAAAUUAAAAAUAAUAAACACUUUGGUAUUCUUUCA